GUAUUCCCUUGGCUCCGCGCCUGCGCAGAGCAUGCCUCACUGCCCCCUUGCCCCUUCCUUCUCCGUCCGCGGGCUCAACGCAGGCGCAGUGUGUGCCUAUCGACCGUUUUCUGUUCCCCCUUCGCCCCCUCCCCCUGUGGGUCCCCCCUCCCGCGGAUUUGUGAGGAGUCGGUGGGGUCUCGUUUGUCGCCGCCAUGGGGCCCUGCUCCCAAACACCCAACCUACUCCAAAGUAUGAGCUGGCCAUAGUGUGUCUGCGUGCGCACGCAUGCAUGCACACAUGCUUGGACUGUACAGAUGAUGAACAUACAAGAGAAAGUCAAGUAAAGCCAAGGAGAAGAAACAGAAGCGACUGGAGGAACGGGCUGCCAUGGAUGCUGUUUGUGCUAAGGUAGAAGCAGCCAAUAAACUUGGAGACCCCUUAGAAGCCUUCCCAGUGUUCAAGAAAUACGACAGAAAUGGUUUAAACGUCUCCAUCGAGUGUAAGCGAGUGUCGGGCAUGAACCAGGCUACAGUCGACUGGGCUUUCGAACUAACCAAAACAAAUAUGCAAACUCUGUACGAGCAGAGCGAGUGGGGCUGGAAAGACCGGGAGAAGCGGGAGGAGAUGACAGAUGACAGAGCUUGGUACCUGAUCGCUUGGGAAGAUAGCUCUAUCCCUGUGGCAUUCUCGCACUUCCGGUUUGACGUGGAGUGCGGGGACGAAGUCCUGUACUGCUAUGAAGUGCAGUUGGAAAGCAAAGUCAGAAGGAAAGGUCUUGGCAAGUUCCUCAUACAGAUUCUGCAGCUCAUGGCAAACAGCACACAGAUGAAGAAAGUCAUGCUAACAGUAUUUAAACACAAUCAUGGGGCCUAUCAGUUCUUCAGAGAAGCAUUACAGUUUGAAAUUGAUGACACCUCGCCCAGCAUGUCUGGCUGCUGCGGGGAUGACUGCUCCUAUGAGAUCCUCAGCCGAAGAACUAAAUUUGGUGAGAGCCAGCACUCUCAUUCGGGCAGCCACUGUGGAGGCUGCUGCCACUGAGUCUGAACCGCCUCUUUGUGUAGUCCUCCUCACAGAAGCACCCCUUCAUCUUCCUUCCCUGCCAUCCCCAUCCUCACAUACUCCUUAAGAUAGGUCACUGCCUGCCUCUUAAGUCAAGAGACUUAGACCACGUUCUGGAGUGCGUAUGAAAUUGCUCUCCUCUGUGCAGGAGGCACUAGAAGUCAAAGUCCUGUCCAGCUCUUGGACCUAGUGCCCUGACCUCAAACGGGAAGCACCAAAGGUGUGAGUCUGAGGACACUAAGUGAAAGCAACUUCAAAGCAUAGGUUAAGGAAGCGGCGAUAGCACAGGGCAUGCAAUGAGGACAGUGAGCCAGUAGCCUCUCUCUCCCCUGACACCCCUCCCACCGACCUGCGUGAUGUAAGAGGUUUGGAGCAAGAGCGAUGACACAGCUUUAUUACCCACAUCUCACUCCCUGCGAACACCAUCUAGGGAUUAGCAUUGUUCUUUCCCAAGGUGCUCUAUGGAGCUUUAGAACCUGUUACAAUGCAAAUACAAGAUUCUGAGCCAAAUAAUACAGGCACAUCUUGGAACCUUUGAGAAUUUCUUUAUGCUUCACCCAGCCCUCGUGGGUCCAAAGUUCAAGGUUCCAUGUAUCACCUGUAACACCUUUAUAGUCAUGGCUUCUGCAGAGGAAAUGCAGAGGGCUAUGCUCAAGUUUUGAUGGGAAAUUCCCAGCUGUUCCUGGCUUUAAAAUAUAAAUUACAACCUGUAACUUUGGGGAUCUUAAAGCUGAAUGAAAAAAAACAUCCCUAACAACUUUGUGAGCAAAACUCCUUUCACUUUCUUAGCUAGGGCAAGGAGAGGCUAUUUAGUGUUUUUGCUUCCCUGCAGUUGGUACCAAGUACUAAAAAGACAUAGAAGUGGAUUGUAAGAUCAGCAUAUUGGGAACAUUUCUGCUGAAAUGCAUGUGGCCUGGCAGUUACAUGUGGCAGUCAGGGAUUGAGUGCAGACAUGCAGUGGUUCUCAGUCUGAGGUUGGCACUAGCUAUAGUGUGAUUUCCACUGAAGCAGAGCAGACCUGGGAGCUCUAUAAGGCUGAGGGGAGCUAGCAACUGUAAUGGGCUUACUUGAUUGUAUUGACUGUGUGUGAUCAAUAAUAGUCAGAUCUCAUGUGAUGGCUCUAAUCUCUCUGCAGUAGCUCCCAUACACCUGACUGUAAGAGCAUGGGACUAAACUGAGAGCUUCCAUGUUCUACUGCAGACACCCAGCUCAAGUCACUGCCCCUCUCUGUGCCUCGGUUUCCCCAUAUGUAACACCGGGAUUCUGCUGACCCAGCUAAUGUCUGUAAACGCAUGAGAUCCUCGGGUGGCAGUCACUAGGGAAGCACAGAGUCUUUCUUGCCGAGUAUAGUCCAUGGAGGUGAGGGUGGAGAGGGGAAGACACCACACCAGUGCUGGUUGGAACAAGUCACAUAACUUAGUGCUCUACUGGAAACAUGUUAAGAACCAGGUUAGCAUAAAGGAUCCGUAAUGUAGGGCUAACCAUGUCUGCUGGCCUCAUGAAAGGGAGGUUGUAGAAAGCAGCCAGUGGUAGGAACAUUCUGGAUCUUGUGAUUUUUUAAUUUUUAUUUUUAUUUUAUUUUUAAGGCCUCUCUGUAACUUUUUCUUCUCAAGGAUAGGAAACUGUCAUGGAGUCUGUGACUCCUUUUUAUUCUUAAGCUGCUCACAGAAGUCCCCCCCAUCCCAUGGGGAAAACAAUCCUUCACCUCCCAUGCCCUCAGAACAGGCCAGUGACUCAUUGCUUGGGUUCCAGCCUCUCUUUACCGAAUCCAAACUGUCAGUAGGAACUGUGACAAGUUCCUCAUUGCAGUAGAUGCCUUUUUUGCUCUUCCUCAGAGCAUGGCAUUCCAUCCUGAGCCAGGGAGCAGGAGGGCAUGCUCCCCCUUCUCCCUCAGUGAGGUGUGUUGGCAUCCAAGCCCUCUCUGGGGAUCCUGGUGGGGCCCAACUGGAGUCAUUGGGACUCUUUAAAUCUCCUUUGUCUCAGAGCAGCUGUUGUGGUAAGGACCUCUGUCUCCAUCUUAUCAGGUGCCCCUGUUGUGGGUGGAACCUUUAUCUGCAUUUCACCCACUGGGGGGGUUCAGACCUUUACCUGUUCAAACCUCUGCCUCGGGGAGUAGGACCUCUGUCUGUGUCAUACCAGGUGUUGCAUCUAUGGGGGAGUAAUGACCUCUACCUGCAUUGCACCUGCUGGGUGUGAGGGGGUGGGGUAAGACAUCAGUCUAUCUUGCACUGUUACACCUGCUAGGGGAUAGGACCUCUGUCCAUGUUGCACCAUGCACACCCAUUUGUGGAGACCUUCCACAGCCAGAUCUGAUGCAUUCAUUGUUAAGUGUUGCCAUUCUUUAUGCCCAUCCCGUCUCCCAGUUAGUCCAAUAUGGGCUCCUCUGCUUCUGCUCCCUGCAGGAUGGAGCCUUCCCUUCAUCUGUCAUUUUUAGCUCCAUUAUUCCCAGCCUCCCAUGCCCUGUGGCAGCCCCAGCACUUCACUGCCAGCCCAGAGUCUGGAUGUAGAAGCGUUUUGCUUUAUCUGCCAUAGAGAGACACUAUCUGAACUCUACUGCAAUUUAGCCUCUUUCUGGGGUGGGAGAGGUCUCUGUUGGAGUUGUGAAACACAUCUAGUUGAGCUAGCUACGUUCUAGCUCUGAGAACCACCAUUCACUGGGCUUGCUGCGCGGAAAUGUAAUAUGGGCUUGAUUUUUUCAGGGAGUCAAAAACGCCAUUUGCAAUGGGAAUUGGACUCAUAAUUCUGAUAGGCAUCUGUGAAAUCCCAGCCAUAGCUCUUCUACAAAGACAUGUUAUUUAGGGACAGGGAAUAACCUGUUUGUUUUUACAGGGCUGGCUUUUUACUUGAGAUCUGCUUCUCUCUUCCUAACCGUUUGCCUCCUUCCAACCCUGCCAACUUGCACUUUGAGAGAAAGAUGCUUUAAACUUUGGCCCACGCAACCCUGCAAUUUCAGGUCUUUGAGGACAAAGAUGCUAAUUUUGAAGGGUGAUUGGGACAGCAAUAGGAUAAAUCAUGCUGCUGUUUAGCUGCUGCUCUUCACUCUUCUGAUUUGCUGGGCAUGGAGGCCAGGAUUUGUGAAGGGACUAGUGAUUUUGGCUGCACCCAUAUUUAUAUUCCUAACUUGACAUCUUAAAAGAGGCCUGGUUUUCAGAAGGCACUGAUGUCUCUGAGGCAUCUCUAGAUGGGUAGAACCAAAAAUAAACUAGUCACUGUAGAAAAUGUUACCAACUAGUGCAUGCUUUCCUCCCUUAGCUGUGGCUAAGGACUAGCCGAAAAGGGGCUAGCUGCUGACUUGCAGAGAAGAUUUUUACUGCUGCAUGGAGAAUUCAGGGUUUAAAGCUGAACUCUUAACACCUUUCAAACAUAAAUGCAGAGCCAUUAACCUACAGCCUGCAAUGAAGGGGAUCCACAAUGACUUGCAACUUUCCACACAUUCAUGAGGGAUUUUUGGGACCUCUCUUCCGGGUCAGCAAUGUCAUUUGCUGGCAUUGCUUAAUAUGCACUGGGUCAUUAAGCUGAUGAGAGAUUCUUAAUGGCCACUAUGUCUCCUGCUUCGCUCGAGGUCAGAGGCAUGUGACCCUGCAUUCAGCCUCAGCAGUGCUAUCAUUUUGGAUUGGAUCAUCCUGUCUUGACCAGUCUGGCUGAUGCUUAUGGCUGGAGUGCCUAAUGUUCCCUCAACCUCCAAGAGUGUUCCCCUCUUGUGUCUGAUUUCUCCUGGCAUGUGGACAAACAACAGAUGGUGCUGCAUCUCCUCCGAGUGCCUCCCUUGUACAUGAAAGCCUCAGACCCCUACUGCUGCUGCUGCAUCCUCCAGCUCUUUAUACCAGGGAUGGGCUUACAUCCUCUUCUAAGUAGCCAGCUGUGCUUGCCACCCCCUGCUUAAAUGCUGCCCCUAUGCUCUUGUGUUUCUGAGGACAGAGGCAGGGCCGCUUGCAACCAAGGAGCAUCCGUUCCUGCAUCAAAAUCAUCAUGAUCCCUUGAAUGAGGAGGGCACUGUAAACAGCACGUCAGCUUUUGUUUGUGCUCCACUCACGUCUAUUUGCCAGCCAGGCUAAACUCCCAGCCAGAAUGGCAUUCCCCUUUAACCAGGUGAGAAUCCCUUCCUCUUCUUUCUAACAAGUUGCAUCAGCAGCCAACAUUAGCCCUCUUCCUCCCACCCUUCAGCAUAUCCUUGGCACCACAUGUGCAAUGAGCAGAGGAUUACUUUGGUUGUAGCUACAUAGCAGACUGUAUUUGCAUGGCACAUGGAUGUGGAGCAUCUAGUGCUAUUCCCCUGCUGUUGUGGCUGAGAAAAUGACAGUUAUUCACCAAUUCCCCAAAAUGACUAUUCCCUGCUCCAUUUAUUAGCUAAGUCCUAGGAUGGUUUUAACCCCUUGGUGCCCAGUAUUUGUCUUUCAGCAGACACGUGCAUCAUUCUGCUGACAUUGGAUUGCUUUAAUUAGUAUCAAAGAACGUGAAAGCAUUUUGAGGGAGUCAAACUGCAUUAAAUUUAAGGGAAAUUUAAGCAGGUCAGGUUUAAGCAGUCUUGGCCUGUAGUUUUGGCAUCUGUGUCCCAACCAGAUCUGUUUUAAGAAACUUAGUGCUGUGUAUGCUAGAUGCUUGACCCCCUAAACACCCUGUGUUGACUUCUUAACUCUGAGGGCUGUAUCUUAAAGCCACAUACCAAGUUUGGGGAAAAGCAGCGUGUUUAAGGUGGGUGGUUGUGUUGUUUAAUUUCCCCCAUUCUCCACAUAUGAAAUCCUCCUUCAGUCUGUCCCUGUGAUCCCCAGGUAGUGGCUUUUCCUCCUCAGACUGGAUUCUGAAACUUACCUCUCAGUCUCACUAACCCAGCUGAGCCAAAGCACCUGUUUAAACAGGAACUCAAGCCAACAGGUCUGAAGCCCCUGCUUAACACCAAGCAUAUGCUCAGGUGCUUUGCUGGAUAGGGAAUCUUUGCUGAAUCUGGGUAGCUCCCUGCCAAGCAGUAAAUUCCAACCCAUACAAGGAUUCUGGUUUUUUUUUUAAUGACUCCCUUGCCACUUUUUUUCCUGGACCUGGUCUCCCUUUAUGUCAGUCAGUCCAAUAUCUGCUCUGUGGCAUGUGAUAGUGGGUGAAUUGUAUAGCUAGCUGCAGUUAGGCCUGCUUAAAAAAGUAAAAUAGUCAUAUCUCCUCUGGGCACUCUCCUUGCUUUCCUCGCUGUCUUCUGCCUGUCCCCAAAGCAGAUUGGUGAAUGGGACUUUGUCCAUCUCUUUACCAGCUCAUUCUCUUCAUUGUGAACAUACAGACAGAUCUUCUUGGAAGGGGUGGAAGGUUCUAAAACAUACCCAGUUUGUUGUUGUUGUUUUUUAAGGAAAAUUCCUCCCUCAUACCCUUUUUACAUUAGGGACUCUCUUACCCCCUCUUUUCCUCCCCACCCCAGAUUAUUAUAACUGUGGCUAAACAAAAAGGGCUUUCCCUUCUCCCCUUUAAUGAAUAUAUUCUUUGACUUAGCAAGUUGAUCUAUACUUUUGUUUGUCUUCUUGGUACCUUUUGAGGUAGGAUUUCCUCCCCCAAUAAAUGCCAAGUCUAGUUUGACAGACAUAGCUGACCUGUUUGUACUGUAUCGUUUUUACUGAGGUCGGGGCAUGUUAUGUUUUUUUCCUAAGCCUUGUCUCUCUUUUUUCACUUUUUAAGUUGAUCAUGUGUUGGGACUUCUGCGUGCGUGUGCAUGUGUAAGGUCAUUUUAUUUGGGUUUUUUCCCCUUUCCGUUUCUAAAAGAAAAUUUAAAAUAAAACUUCACUUCUGAUGUUGUUGGUUUUUUUAACUAGUAACUAUUCUCACUGGAAUCAAAGGGAAAAAGCUGAUCUUUUUGCAUUGGUUUUAUUUGUAUGUUACAAAUAAAAACAGUUUGUUCAA